GGCCCCGGGAGCAGAGCGACCGCCAUGCACAUCCCGGAGAGCCUCCAGGACCUGGCCGACAGUGAGGCCGUGCAGUUUCUGAAGAGGCCGAAGACGAUCGCGCGCAUCUUGGCAGGGGUCUUCUCGCUCAUCAUCUUCUCCUCCCUGCUGACGGACGGCUACCAGAACAAGACCGACUCGUCGCAGCUCCUCUGCGUGCUCAACAGCAGCAACACGGCCUGCAGCUUCUCCGCGGGGGCUGGCCUCCUGGCCUUCCUCAGCUGCCUGGGCUUCCUCGCCCUGGAUGCCCACCAGAGCCGCCUCGCCAGCACCCGCUUCAAGACGGCCUUCCAGCUCUUGGACUUCAUCCUGGCCGUCCUCUGGACAGGCGUCUGGUUCGUGGGUUUCUGCUUCCUGGCCAACCAGUGGCAGCACUCGCCACCCAAAGAGUUCCUCCUGGGCAGCAGCAGCGCCAAGGCCGCCAUCACCUUCGCUUUCUUCUCCAUCCUCGUCUGGAUAUUCCAGGCCUACCUGGCCCUCCAGGACCUCCAACAUGACACUCCCGUCCCCUACAAGCGCUCCCUGGAUGAGGGGGGCGUGGUGCUGACCUCCCUCUCCCCGCCCUUGGCCGCCAGCCCCGUCAGCACGCCCGCCACCGGCCCCAACAACCUGAGUUACGCCAGCUCGACCCCGUCCCCCUACCUGACCACUCCGAAGGCCCCUCGCCUCGCUAUGAUGCCCGACAACUAGGCAUCCUCCACAGCAGUAAAGAGAAUCCUCCCUCCCGAAGGGCUUCUGAAACAGC